GGAGGCGCCCAGUGAGCUGAUGGCCCCUCAGCAGGGGGCGAGCGAGGGGGCGGGCGGUGAGGUGCCGGUGGCUGCGCCGCUACAGAGGGACACGCUGACCUCCAGGCAGCGUGAGCGCGAGUCGGAGCUGCAGUGUCAGAUCAAGGAGCGCAACGCCGAGAUCCGCCGGCUAAAGGAGCAGAUGAAGGAGACCAGCGACAGACUGUCCAGCAGGAAUGAGAUCCAGACGUUAAAGGAAAAGGGGAAGAGGGAGCUUGCCACAGUCAUCCAACAGCUUCGCAAGCAGAAGUCAGAUAUGGAGAAAGAACUGAGCGCUACUAUUGAGGCCUUGAAGAAUCAGCGGCAGGCUGACGAGGAAAAGUUCCAGUCUCUGCAGGCGGAAAACGGUGCACUCAAAGACCAACUGCAGGAUCUCACCAAACUAGCCCAGGUGCACAAAGAGCUUCAGCGCCAGUUCGAAGAUAAGAUCGAGGAAUGCGAGCAGCUGGCGGAGGGACUUCAAAAGAAACAAGAGCUCUGCAAUGAUCUGGAGAAGCAGUUUUCAAGAGUCAUCGAGAAGAACACAGAGUUAACUAUUCAGAAUAGUGACCUCCAGCGACAAGCACUCGAGCUGGAUCAGCUGAGCACGCAAUGCGUCUCGCUGGAGAAGAGCUUAACUAGCGUCCAGGCUGAAUAUGGUACAGCUCGAAUGGAGGUAGACAACCUACGAGGAAAGGUUUCCACCCUGGAGUCCGUUCUGAAGCAAAUGCGCGAUGCCGCCGAGCGUAAGAAGGAGCUGGAGCGGCAGCAUCAAGAAGCGCAGCAACAGCUGCGAGAGAAGCAGGCGGACAUUCAGACGCUCACCAAGCAGUCGGAGGCGGACCGCCAGACCUCCCUCGACACCAUCCAGUCGCUGGAGAGCAAGGUCCGAGAACUUGAAAAGAAAGCCGAAGUCCAGGGCUUGAGGCACGAAGAGCUCAUGCUGGAGAUGUCUUCGCUGAAGAAGCAGAACAAGUACAAGGGCUGGCCGGAUGGCAGCCCGGACGGAACCAUCACGCCAGACUCGAUGCUGCUGUCGAACGAGAGCACGGCGCGCUCGACGCCGGUCGGCACUGCCGUCACGCCCGCCAGCCUGGAGGCGCUCACCGAGGUGGACGAGACGCCCGGUUGGUCGCAGCGGCGCACCGACUUCCAGCUGCCAGCCACCAGUACUGCCCGGUCGGUCGCUACCACGCUAGAGCUGGACAAGAUCAUGGCCAAAAUAGAGAACGACAACAAAGUACUCGCGGAGCUAGACAAGAACCGGUCCACGAUAGGCCUGAGCAACUCGCUGGCCACCUCCGGCUCGACCAGCACGCAGCCUACCUUCCUGACGUCGGUGGCGGCGCCGCUCUCCGCGCCGUACAGCGCCGCCGGCCUGAUGCCGGCCGCCGCACCGGCGGCGCGUCAGCUGACGCAGAUGCCGACCGUCUACCCCGGCGGGAAGAUGGGCGUCAUGAACGGAGUCAUCCCCGGCCUGUUGCCGAUGAACGUGGCGCAGAUGAUGGCGCCCCAGCCAGGGGUAGUGGACGCCCUGGACAUUCCCGGGAAGGGGAAGUGCCAGGUGCACAUCGCGAGAUACUCGUACGACCCGUUCCAACACUCUCCGAACGAAGCGCCCGAGAGCGAGCUGCGCCUGAACGCCGGCGACUACGUGCUGGUGUGGGCCGACAUGGACGAGGACGGCUUCCUGGACGGCGAGACGCUGGACGGCCGGCGCGGCCUGGUGCCCUCCAACUUCGUCCAGAAGCUGGUGGGCGACGACCUGCUCGAGUUCCACCGCCAGGUGGUGGCCGGCCUGCGCGACUGCGACCAGACGUCCGUGACGACUUCAGUGCCGCAGGAUCUCGACUUCAACUCGGCCGAUGAGGCGCUGCUCAACAGUCUCGACGAGUACGGUCCGGCCGUGCCGCCGGCCGUCUACGGCGGCGACCCGUCCGUCUUCAGCGACGAGGAGGACGCCGACCUCAGGGGCGACUCGGCGCUUGGCACGGUGCCGCCGCCGCGCCAGCUGACGCUGGAGCGCCAGCUGAACAAGUCUGUGGUGAUUGGCUGGUCGCCGUCCGAGGCCCCGGCCGGCGCCAUCGACAGCUACCACGUGUACGUGGACGGCCUGCUGCGCACCACCGUACACGCGAGCGAGCGCACGCGAGCCCUCAUCGAGGGCGUCGACUCGACCAGGCCACACCGUGUGAGCGUGCGCGCCGUGACGCCGGACCGUCGCGCGUCGCGCGCCGCCGCCUGCACCAUGCUGAUCGGCCGUGACGUGCCGUCGGCGCCGACGGCCGUGCGCGCCACACACGUCACGUCCACGUCGGCCGUCAUCUCGUGGAUGCCGAGCAAUAGCAACCACCAGCACACGGUGUGCGUCAACAGCGUCGAGGUGCGCACCGUCAAGCCGGGUGUCUACCGGCACACGAUCACAGGCAUAUCUCCCAAUACAGUGUACCGGGUGAGCGUGAAGGUGAAGAACAUCACAGCGCCACAGUUCAACAACAGGAACGGCACGUCCAGGGAGCGCCAGGCCACCCACAUCGAGUUCAGGACGCUGCCGAAAGGCGUGCCAGACCCGCCGGUGGACGUGCAGUGCGAGCUGGGGCCGCAGGCCGGCGCCAUCCUCGUCACCUGGCUGCCCGUCACCAUCAACUCCACCUCGGGCACCAGCAACGGCGUGCCCGUCACCGGCUACGCCGUCUACGCCGACGGCAAGAAGGUCACCGAACUGGACUCACCCACAGGCGACCACGCCCUCAUUGACCUGCAGCAGAUCACUGGCUUCAACCCGCGCCAGGUCACAGUGCGAACCAAGUCCCGUGACCUGGUGUCGGCCGACUCGCUGCCCUGUCCGAUCCCACAGCGCACCAAUGGCAAGUACGCAGAGCUUGAGCUGGAUGAGCUGUACGCUAUUCCUGAGGAGUCUGAAAGCGAUCUCUCCGACCUGGAAGAACCACUGCGCAUGCGCCACCAGCCGGAGCCGACUGGCUCGGCCCACUCCUCGCCGCGCCUGCGGCGUCGGAUGCCGCCGGCGGGGGCGCCGCAGCGCGGCCGGCCGAACCAGCAGCACGUGCUGGAGACGGAGGAGAACCUCAGCGACCGGGAGGCCUACCCGGGCAGCUACGGCUCGGUGCCACACAUAGAGGUCACCAAGGACUCGCCGAGCGGGGGUGGCGUGCCCUCGGGCUACGGUGAGGACGAGUACGAGACCCGCGGCCAGUGGGGGCAGCGGCGGCGGCCGGCCGACCGCGGCCGACCGCCGGCCGCGCCGCACCACGCCGAGCCCCCGCGCCGGGGUCCCGCCGGGCCCCCGGAGCGGGACCCGCGCGGCAGACGCCGCACCGACGAGUACGGGGACCCCCCGGCCGGCCGCGGCGGCCGGCACUCCGACAACGGCUCAGGCUACCGGAGUGGGACGCACUCGUCGUCGGCGCCGGCGCGCCGCGGCGGCCCGCGCGAGGAGCGCAUGCGCAUCUUCGUGGCGCUGUUCGACUACGACCCGCCCACCAUGUCGCCCAACCCAGACGCCUGCGAGGACGAGCUUCCGUUCCGCGAGGGACAGCUGAUCAAGAUCUACGGCGAGAAGGACGCCGAUGGCUUCUACUGGGGCGAGGCGUCCGGCCGGGCCGGCUACGUGCCCUGCAACAUGGUGUCCGAGGUGCAGGUGGACGAUGAGCACACGGCGCACGAGAUGUUGCGCGAGGACGACAGAACAGGUCGGCAGACCGGUCGGCCGCGUGCCUCGGGCGAGGGACGCGGCGGCCGCUCGCGCGGCCAGGAGGACCGCUGGGGCGACAUCUACUCCAGCACGCCCGUCCGCCGCAUGGUGGCGCUCUACGACUACGACCCGCAGGAGCUGUCACCCAACGUCGACGCCGAGGUGGAGCUGUCUUUCAGUACGGGUGAUAUUAUCCACGUCUAUGGCGACAUGGACGACGACGGGUUCUACCUAGGGGACAUUAACGGCGUGCGCGGUCUGGUGCCCUCCAACUUCCUGACGGAUGCGCCGCAGAACUACGAGCGGCGGCGCGCCCACGAGCCGGCGGGCGCGGCGGCGGCGGCCGAGCGCGGCGGCCGGCCCGGCCCGGGCGUGCUCGGCCCGCCCCUGCCGCCGCGCGACAAGGGCGACUCCAGGGACCGGCGGAAAGGUCACCCGUUCGACUGUGGACCUGCGUGCUGUCAGCGAAGCUGUGUCGCGCUGGUCAGGCGCCACUCGGGCAGGAUCGUGGUCGUGUAG